UAACUUCUACGAGAUUUUUAUUAAAUAAUUAUGUUACGUAAUUUAUUUUUUAAAGAUAACGCUUUUUAUAUGCUAAGGCAAUUUCGACGCGGUUAUAAAUUUCAAGUAAAAGGCAUUAUUCCUGGAGGAGGCCUAGGAAAACUUCAAGGAAUAAAGGAAGAAGAAUAUUUCUCAAGACAGGAUCACAAAAUGUUACAAAACAUGAAAGACAACUUUGAAAACUCUCAAUAUUACAACGUUGGAUGUAUUUCAUCUACAAAAAUUUCUAAAGAAACUCCAAAAAAACCCAAGUCGGAUCACAGGUAUUCAAUAAAACAUAAAAUUCUUCUCGAAGAGGCCUACUUUUUAAAUGAGCACUGCGAUAGUAUACAAAUUAUGAAAGCAAGAAAAAAUAGAGAAGACGAUUUUUAAAACAAGUUUCUUGAACAUCUACCUGCAUCAGCAUUUUUAAAUUUAACGAUCAAAAUGUGCAGUACAAGAAAUGAUAACUUCCACCGGAAACACUUUUCAACGCCAUAAUCAAAAAACCAAUUUUCAAAUCAGCUGUGUAGCUGUCAAGCAAAACAAAAAAAAAAAUAGAAAAACAAAACAAACAACUGUCUAUUUUUAGAAGGUUAAAAAAAAGUGAUGCGCUAUAUUUUUUAAAAGGAAUUUAAAAAGAGUGAAACAUUUUUUCAAUCUCCUCAAAAAUAGUCAAUUGAUUGUCUUGUUUUUUAAAUUGUAAAUUACAACUUUUGGCUAAAAGUAAACAUAUUUUGAUAUCAUUUAAUUGACUUUUGUUUCAUUAUAAUGUUCAUUGCUCGACGAGUUGCUUUAAACUUAAAACCAAAGAACAUUCUACUUAGCUGAGUUAAGGUCGAUUACUUCCACUAAAACACUAAACCUCAUUCUGACACAUUCCAACCCCUCUACCAUGACGACACUUUGUGGAACUAUUAAGAAAGUACUUCGUAUGGAAAUGAAGGAUAAAAUUCUUCCAGCAAUCACACCAGAGUCUAGGAAGAAGCAAUCCUAUGCAAUUACUGAAAGAGUUAUCGGGACUGAUGACUUUAAGAAAGCUCAAACAAUAAGUAUUUAUUUAAGCACAUCAACAGAAGUUGAUACAACAAACUUGUUGACAGAAAUGUUUCAACAAGGGAAGAAGGUAUUUGUACCAACUUACAAUAAAAAUGUAAUGGAAAUGGUUAAACUCGAUAGUAUGCUGGACUAUGAAUCUCUUCCACUCACAAAAUGGAACAUCAAACAACCAAAUAUCAGUGAUGGACGUGAAAAUGCUUUAACCUGUGGUGGAAUAGAUCUAUUCAUUGUUCCUGGUGUUGCGUUUUCUCGAAAAGGUGGACGUUUAGGUCAUGGAAUGGGUUUCUAUGAUAAAUACUUUAAAAGACAUUCCGAGACAUAUCCAGACAAAAAGUCAAUUCUAAUGGCAAUUGCUUUCAAAGAGCAAAUAGUACCUGUGACUGAAUUACCAUUGGCAGAACAUGAUGUGAUUUUGGACUAUGUUGUAACGCAAGAUGAUGUUUUUUCUUCGAAAUAAAAUUUUUAUAUAAUGUAUUUUUUU